AUGGUUUCCAGCACACAAACAAAUGGCGUAUCUGGCAGCGGCACACGUCGACGAAGCUCAAAUAUAUUCUCCCAGUUCGAACACAAGCGAAUAAUCAGCGUGACGCACAUGAUACCGUAUAUUGCAUGUAUACAAACAAAAGAAUCUCAAGAGGAUGCAAUAAUUUGGAACUUGAAACCACGACGCGGUCAUUCGGCGCUCUACUCUGGUAUACGAUCGUUAAGCGCGGAAUGCGACAACUUCUUAAUUGGGUUCGCCGGGGAAAUAUAUUACGAUCAAGAAGAAGCUGGAAAAGCUCUCGAUCAAACGCAGUUCAGUGAUAAGUAUAAGAAAAGUUUGAAGACGUUGUUGGCUAAGGAUAAAGUUAUUCCUGUGUUUUUGGACGACGAGGAACAUCAUGGGCAUUAUGAAGGGUAUUGCAAGUCCGUUCUAUGGCCAAUGUUUCAUUACAUGUUAUGGGAUGAGGUUACCGAUGGCCGAGAAGAGGGCAAAAAUUGGGAUCAGUAUGUACAAGUGAAUGCUCGAUUCGUCGACAAAAUUGUUGAGAUUUAUCAACCAGGAGAUAUAGUAUGGAUCCACGACUACCAUUUACUACUAAUUCCCGAUAUGCUGCGCCAACGAAUUCCUGAUGCGCCAAUUGGUCUGUUUAUUCAUGCGCCAUUUCCUAGUUCCGAAAUCUUUAGGUGUUUGCCAAAGCGAAAAGAAAUUUUGCAUGGCAUGUUGGGUGCGAAUCAAAUAGGGUUUCAGACAUACUCAUAUGCUAGUCACUUCAUUAGCAGCUGUACACGCGUCCUAGGCUAUGAAUCAACGCCUAAAGGAGUCGAUACUCCUAAUCUUGUGGUCGCGGUCGGCACAUUCCCGAUUGGAAUUGAUGCUGAAAAAACCGAACAACAACGAAAAGAUCCAGGGGUAGCAAUAAAAAUGGCUUCCAUCAAAGAAAUGUACGCCGGCAAAAAAAUCAUUGUCGGACGUGACAAACUGGACUUGGUAAAAGGCGUCAUGCAGAAACUGCAAGCUUUUGAGAAGUUUUUAUGUGAUUAUCCACAAUGGAGAAAUAAGGUAGUCUUAAUCCAAGUGACCUCGCCAGCACUCACCGAAUCCCCAAAACUCGAACGCAAAGUCUCUGAACUAGUCGCACACAUAAACGGCACCUACGGCUCGCUAGAAUUCAAUCCGGUACACCACUACCACAACCACAACGUCGAUCAAGACGAGUAUUUCGCGUUGUUGAGCGUGGCAGAUAUUGGGCUGAUUACGUCGGUGCGUGACGGGAUGAACACUACGUCAUUGGAGUAUAUUAUGUGUCAGCAAGAGAAUCAUGGACCGUUGAUUUUAAGCGAGUUCACUGGGAUGGCGGGAUCGCUUAGUUCAGCGAUCAUGGUCAAUCCGUGGGAUUACGCGGGUGUUGCGAGAGCGAUAAAUGAGGCGUUGGAGAUGCCGAAAGAGGAGAAAUUGGUCAAACAUUCGCAACUCUAUAAUCACGUAACAGUACACACAGCCCAAUAUUGGGCAAAAUCCUUCAUCAAAGAACUCCGCACAAAUCUCGUAAACCAAGUCCAAUCAUACACGACUCCUUAUUUAAAGCUAGAUCUCCUAUUAAGUCAAUACAAGGAGGCGAAACAGCGACUAAUAAUGCUUGAUUAUGAUGGUACACUCACUCCAAUAGUAAGAACACCAAGCGCAGCAGUCCCCCCGCCUCAUAUGCUCGAAGCGCUAAAGUCGCUUGCUUCAGAUCCUUGUAAUAGUGUGUGGGUAAUUUCUGGUCGUGAUCAGGAAGCUUUAGAUCAAUGGCUUGGUAAUAUACCCAGACUUGGAUUAAGCGCAGAGCAUGGUAGCUUCAUAAAAUACCCCGACAACGGCAAGUGGAUAAAUCUCACCGAGAAUAUCGACAUGAGCUGGAAGAACGACGUGACUGAAGUCUUUACAUAUUACACUGAGCGGACGCAGGGCUCGUUUAUCGAGCAUAAACAGUGUUCGAUAACAUGGCAUUAUCGGAUGGCUGAUCCUGUUUAUGGGUAUUUGUUUGGAGCUUUUCAAGCAAAAGAAAUGCAAAAUCAUCUUGAAAGUGCUUUAUUACCGAAGCUUCCUGUUGAGAUUCUGUUAGGCAAAAAGAACUUGGAAGUACGACCGACUCUUGUGAAUAAGGGUGAAAUCGUCAAACGGUUACUAGUCACCAUGCCUAAUGUAGACUUUAUAAUAUGUGCGGGCGACGACAAAACCGAUGAAGACAUGUUCCGUGUGUUACGUAACUCCGAAAUUGACGACGACGCUCAUUUCUGUAUUACGAUUGGGUCGGCGAAUAAGAAAACGUCGGCGCAGUGGCAUGUUGGGUCGCCGGAGGAGGUUACGCAGGUGCUUGAGAAGUUGACUGUUUAG